AUGGUGACGGCCGACGGCCUGGAUCACCCCAUCAGUCUCGAGCUCUGCAAAAGGCUGAACAGAUUCUACGAAGCCUUGAUACUGCUUUCAAGUCUGAUGCAGGCUUGUUCGCGCAAUGGACAGCAACCAUACAAAGCUCCGAGCGAUGUUUCUGAACCAGGAGAUAAUUAUAGAAUGACCCAGGAAUGCCUCAUGAAUAAGCUGGCGCAGCUGUGCGACAAUCGACGGGGAGGCGACACUGUCACAGCUGUGGCCAUCAUCCAGUUACCUGACUGUUUGGUCUAUGCCUUUGCGUCCAACCAGAGAUCUCCUAAAGAGAUCAAGGAAGCAGAGACAUUUCUUCUGGAUCUCUUCGAAUACUUGAGUCAAACGAGUGCAAGUUCGUCCGAUUUCAUGGAAGACGCCACUUCGAAACCGGCCAGCUCUAUACUAGAAAAGAUUUUGGCUUUCAAUCACGAGCGAGUCCAGUGCUACCGCAUUGGUCUGGUUCAAGGGCUCACAAAGUGCAUUGAAGAUUGCGAUAGGCGUGGGUCUGUGCAUGAAACACCUCUCCUCCAGGUAAUGAUCAAACCUCUCUAUAAUCAGAGUCUUGGUGAAUCUUGCUUAACUCAUCGACUAGUUGCAGAGAAAACUGCAGACCUACGACAAUCACUGAUCUACCAUUCCAUCGUCGACAGAGGGAAACUGGGAAGGUUUGACGAAUCACCCCAUUGGGCUGAACUGCAACAUUUCAUCGGUCGCCUUGUCUCUUACCUGAGAGCGACUCAGACUAUCUUCGUGGCACGAAGGCGUCACCCAGAGCUUUUCGACAUUGACAGCAUCAAGAUCAAGUUUAUCGCCUCAAGCAAGCCACUGCCCAACCCGAUGAACGCAUUCCAGGCCGGCCUCAACCCCUUGCAACGACAAACAGUACGCUCCGCGCAUGAUUUAAUACCGCGAAUGACGGGAGAUGCGAGUAUGAUUGAGACGUACAGUCAAUACGCGGACGAGCUCCAAGUAUGCAAGCUCGAUGAGCUGAUCGCGGCUCAGUGCUGCAAAUCCAACCCAAGAGGUUUCCGACCGAUUGUGCACAGUGAGGUCCUUCUUCUAGAUUGGCUUCGCAAACAGUUUGCAGAGGACAUGCACUCAAUCCCUUUCUACGAAGGUAACAAAUACAUCGGUUGCAGCAAGCCCACCUGUCGACUUUGUGAGUACUAUUUCGCUGCUCACAGCAGCGGCGUCAGAGUCCGCUCCCCUCACCGCAAUGUAUACCGAAACUGGGCUGUUCCCGAUACUUUGGUAGAGGGAGAAAGCUCACGAUACAAAGACAAAAUCAUUGAUGCGGUUUUGGUUAAGGUCCGCGAAGACGCUCUCACUGCGCUCAGGGAGAAAGUUUGUGUGAGGAAGAGAUUCGACUCUAACACGUACUCGUCGAUGCCGACAUGUCAAUCGCUUACUGGCAUCUCAAUCACCUUAGAUGACCUGUCGUCUCGGAUCGGAGGCCUGUCCAUCUCGUCUCAAGUGCACUCGCGCGUCUACCCGUCUGUCGUGAAGAGCAUAUAUGUAUCGAGCAACGUUGAAGACACUUGUAGCGUCGCUGAUCACGGGGAAGACGGUGGUAGCGAUGAUGAAAGUGGUGGUGUACUAGUAUUCUCUGGUCGUAAUAGGCGUCCUUAG